GCCAUAUUUGACAUUUCCCAAUUCCGUACAAAUAAACAUCGUGCUUCGAAGGAAUUUUGUACGGACCGCUUUUCUGCAUCCUUUUUCCUGUCCCAUAUGCGACCGUAGAAAAAGGAUUCAUUUACAUACGCACGUAAUUUACACGCCGGAGGAAAAGGUGACCGCCGACGGUGUACGUUGACCGCCGAAAGUUAGCGAUUUGUUGCGACAGUGAGCGAUCCCGAGACCGAUCGAAUCGCAAACGCCCAGAGACGCGCCCGCCUUGAGAAGUAUCGUAGAAAGUAACAGCCCGUGGAUGCGCUUGCACGAGGAUAACCAAGGCCGGAAGCUAAGCACUAGCGAGUGGUACGACAAUAUGAGCGAUGAUGACCGGGACAUUGACAUAGAAAGCGAUGAUGGCGAUGAUUCGGACAACACAAAAUCACAGUCCCGUUCCGGUGCUGGCAGUCAGUUCUACUCACAGGCCGAAAAACGCGCUCACCACAAUGCCCUUGAACGGAAGCGGCGAGAUCACAUCAAGGACAGUUUCACCGCGCUGCGUGACUCGGUACCGUCGCUGCAGGGUGAGAAGGCUAGUCGCGCGCAGAUACUGAAAAAGGCGGCCGAGUACAUCCAGUUCAUGCGGCGGAAGAACAACUCACACCAGCACGACAUCGACGAUCUGCGGCGACAAAACAAUAAGCUCGAAACGGAAAUUCGCGACUUGGAGCUGGCGCGGGCUUCCGGCAAGUAUGGCGGCGAUGGAGUUGAUUUGGGCCUAUCGUUCCAGGACGGGUCACGCGGUUCGGACAGCUCCGACAUCGACGAGGUGGUACCCAAAAACAACAACAACAACGGGAUGGGCGCGCGGCGAAACAAAAAGAUGAAAACGAAUGCCAACUACUAGGCGGGGCGGGCAUUGCAAAACGGCGCCCAGUGGCGUGGCUUUUAAUUGUUAAGAUUUUUUUCUUAUUUUUUUUGUAGCAAACGAAAAGCCCUACCGCUUUCUUUUUGGUAACAGCUUUUGGAAUUAGUUUUCUUUUAUAUUGUAAAAUGCAUAUUAGUUUGUACGUCGUAAAAUUCAUUUGCUCUUCCGAAUCCUUUUUGCUUUUGCAAUGACUUAGAGUUGGUUGGAAACUUUUUUCUUUUUUCAUAUCCAUCGUAUGAAACAAUAAUUGAAGAAGCCCCGUCAAUACGUUUAAACCAUCGAGAACUGUAAAGAGAUGCGCUAGCGGCAGUUGAAUUUAUAACAUAGAACACACAGAAGGAGGAAAAAAAAGUUGUACAGGAUGUUGUGGUUUUUCUUUUUGCUCUACAAUCUCAAACGGCAGUCCGUCCGCUUGGGGGUCUGCCGAUUUCGUACUUUCUUGACUUGAUUUACCCGUUGCUACCAGAGGUUUCCUGUUUGGUCCAAAUCACCUCGAAGGGAAAGUGAUACAGUGCUGUACAGACACGAUUGUUCGCAUAGCUUUCUUUGGUUCCAGUUUCAACACAAUUCUACAAAAUUCAUGUACGUAAAGGAUCAUUACGCUGUUCCUAUUACUGCACGGGAUCGAAAGAAGUUAAAUAAAACAUAUAUUUAGCAUUACAAUAGAAAUAGUGUAACGUACGUUGAACAGCUAAAUACCUUGACGAGGAGAAAUCCA